AAUUACUCGACAUCAUCGCCGAUAUGACUACCAUAGCUAUGGACAGGCGUCCUGCCUCUACUUUUUCUACCCAGUUGGCCCAUAUUGCAGUCAACAAUAUCCAACUUUAUCGACCCCCCUCCUCCCAUGACUUGAGACGGAUAAGGCCUUCAGGGAUUCCUCCCCGCUUUUGACACCUUUCAGGGUUACUCGGUUCACUGUUUGGAACACGUUUUAAAAAGUAUAAAAUGCACCUAAACGCAGGGUGAUCCAUCACUCUCACCCCGUCACUCUCCGUACACGUUGAUCCAAGAAUAUGGUGUCAGGAUAUCGAUUCGCCGGAGACAUACCUUGGAAUGAUUUGUCUCAACAUAUCUCCUUGGGAAAUAUUCAACAGGACGGCCUUCAUUUUGCUAUACAAACUCCUGUUGAUUUAGUCGAGAGAAGGAGCGCUAUACUUCGUGUCGUGAACGCAGUCGUUCGUUCCAUUGAGAGUCGGCUGGAAGAAAAGUCGACGCUUAUCCCUCGUCCUGAUGCAUCCCAAAGAGAACUGCGCUUUGCUGGGGUCGUGGUGGAUGGUGAUCUUUUCCCGCCUGACAUCGUUAAACAUCCAAAAACGAUGAGGCAUCCCCCACGCCUGCCGAUCAAUCGAAUCGAUAGCUGGAAUUCUGCUACUUUCGCUAGUUUGGCUCAUAUUGGAGUUGUCUUACACGCACUGUCUACGCCCGACGAUCCGUUCACUCAUCUACCCGUUCUGGCCCAUCUCGCACAACGUCCUCGGACGCGGUUUCUUGCUGCUCAGCUUGCUAGUUUCGGGAAAAUAGGCGGUUCGUAUCUGUUUUAACAAUCCUCCGGGCCAAGCUUGGUCUGUGAUCGAAGAGUAUAUUCGGCUCACAAGCCGUCAGUACAUAUUCCUCAACAUCCUCCUUGCGUUAGACCAGCAUGGGGACUGCUUUGAGAACGAUAGAGUGCGCAAAAUGGCAUGCUUCCCUCACACCUCAGGAACAUUCUCUAUCGGGGGUUACCUUCCACUCAACGUCCACUCGCACUCGGAACCUCUCGCUAUAAAAGUUUCCAAUAAAUGGUUCCCAUUGGAUGGCGACAAGCUACACAACUACUUCUGGAGUCUCACUCACGAGGAUAACACAAGGCGGGAGUGCGUGCCUGCUUGGAGAGAACAAUACAUUCAGCGGUGCUUCGACGUGAUGGCUGUUUGGUAUGCACUCUCUAAGGAAGCUUCGAAAACAUAUGAUGCCCUCCAAUCGCAGAAAUCAGACCAUACCUUCAAUAUCAUGAGUCUUUUUGAGAUGGUGUUGGAUGCUUUUACAAGUCUAGGAGAUGCCUUCCAUAUUCAAAGGGGGCCUCUUGACGAUUUCAGCCGCCAGUACUAUGCAGCCACCGUUCGUGAGGUAGAGGCCUUAGAAGAGGUGGCUCCCGUGACUGCUGCGUUCCCAAUUUCUAUUCCUGUGCCUGUCAAAGGGUUCCUCGACCUUCCCCCCGAACUUCAUUUUCAAAUUGUUAGCUACCUCCCGCUUCACGACCUCAUCUCUCUUUCGAUGGUUUGUCGUGCCAUUCGCCCUCAGUGCGUCGUGUCGAUAUUUCGAGACCCGUUAUCCGUUUUGGGCGAAUUGUCGACGGGUAGCUUUGACUACAAGAUUUAUCGUCGUUUUCAGUCGAUGUUGGAAGCCCGACCCCACCUUCUCCAUCAUGUCCGUCGUUAUACGGGCUAUUACAACUUUUUGCCGCUCGAUCCUAUUACGAGUUCCGGUCGAUAUAACGAAAUGCGUCUCGCAAAAGGGGUCGACAUUAGAUCCCCAUUAGCUAGCCAGCUAUCUUACUUGCGCUGGGCCGAGCUCAACCUGUGGAAUCUGGAAUACUGGAGGCAAGACCCUGACAAGGCAAUUCACCAUGCUUUGCAGCUCGCACAGAAGUGCUGGCCAGAUCUACAAAGUUUGGAACUGAAGAUCUACCAGGAGUGCCAGUCGAUAUCCCCAAUUGCCGACCAUAAUACCAGUGAACUUGCAGGGGACUGCGGCAAAGUUGGUUGCUUUUGUGGACCCCCAAAUUGGCGUCUGCGUCAACUGAGUAUCACAGCUCAUGCCUACAGAGAUUUGUUAGGUAUCCAACUUGUAACACUUCCUCCCGUUCCUUUGUCGUCACUUCUACAGGGCUGUGCGGCGACCUUGACACGUCUCAAACUCGACCUACCAGCCGCGGCCUUUGGGGAUAUACGUAGCAUCCCGGACUUGUUCUGCCUUUCCUAUCUCUCCCUCCCUUCUAAUCUAUCCGCACCAGAUAUCGAUAUAUUUCUUCCGCACUGUCCCAACCUAUCCUCCCUCGAGUUUGGCCCAUGGGAUUGGUCCGAGGCAAUUUUAGAUACCCGUCUUGACCUCUUCGGUUGUUCGAAUCUCGAGAUACUGCAUCUCCAUCGUACUCCGUAUACGAUCAGUCGUCUUCCUGAAUCGAUGCGAACCGUCAACGCCGAGAUGCACAGCCUUCUUCCCCUCAAGCUUGAGGUACACAAUCCAGUUCAGGCCUCGGUCUUCGCGCUCAGACUAACGCUCGAGUUGGAUACUCGAUCCCGGACCAUUGGGGCGUUGCUUGAUCUCCUUGCACCCCUUUCGAAAGAAUAUCCGAAGUUGUCCCUUCUUGAGUUAAAGAUGCAAGGUUUUUAUCAUGGAACCGAUGAUCAAUUGGUUAGAAUUGCGAAGUGUGCUUCAGACCAGUUCCCGCUUCUGCAGACGUUAAUUUUGAAUUGGAGAGAGUUCGAGAACAACCCUAGGCGUAUUGACUUUCCUGCUGCAGACAGCGGGCAGGAAGAAAGGGAAAGGCGGAUCGUUCAAUGGAUGUUUAGCGAGUGUGGGAGUCUCAACGUUGUUGCACUUACUGGGGUGCCACCGCUGGUUCAAGAUAAUCCAUAUGUUCAUCCACGGAUGGUGUGGGCGAAGACCGUGGAUGAAGAGGGGAACGUGAACGCCGUGAGAACGGGAAGAACGGCGAUACGAUGGGUUGACGAGACGAAUGUGCUUUGAAGGCAUUAAGUUUUAUUUACUGUGUUUCCAACAAUCGUAUACUAAAUUGAACGAAUGGUCCGU